AAAAUUCAAGAUAUGGCAUGUCUGUCAGUUCGUGUUGUAAGGACGCGACCUUUUAGUCGGAAUAUUGUCAGUGGAAUACAAGGCUGGACUAAAACUACCUCCUUUUCAUUAUCGUUAUCGUCACGAUUUACAUCAGCAAGGUCAUCAUCAUCAGCGGCAGCUGGCAAAAUGCAGGUUGACCUGAGCGGUAUAUAUCCACCGAUUGUUACACCAUUCAAUGCUGAUGAAACGAUUGCAUAUGACAAACUUCAACAAAAUAUGGAACGCUGGAAUAAAAUACCGUUCAGAGGCUAUGUUGUGCAAGGUUCCAACGGCGAAUACGUGUAUCUGAGGGAGGAUGAGCGAGUGGAACUCGUGCGCAGAGUGUCCGAGAUGGCGGGAAAAGACAAGCUCAUUGUGGCUGGGGCCGGUUGUGAAUCGACAAGAGAUACUAUUGCUAUGUGUGAGAAGAUGGCGGGGGCAGGGGCUAAAGCCGUGCUUGUUGUAACGCCCUGCUUCUAUAAAGGGCUGAUGUCGAAUGAGGCUUUGAUUUCACAUUUUACCAAGGUCGCUGAUGCGAGCCCUGUUCCUGUGAUAUUAUACAGCGUGCCCGGUAACACUGGGAUAGAUCUAGCACCGGAAGUUGUUAUACAGUUGUCAACACACCCAAAUAUUGCAGGAGUAAAAGAUAGCGGCGGUGACAUAUCCAAAAUAGGGUACAUGGUGCACAAAACAAAGGGAAACAAUUUCCAAGUUCUUGCUGGAUCUGCUAGCUUUUUGCUGGCUUCGUAUACAGUAGGUGGUGUAGGCGGCGUUUUAGGUCUAGCUAAUAUUUUGGGUGACCCAUGUUGCGAGGUAGAAAAACUCUUCAAGGCGGGAAAACUGGAGGAAGCAAAGUUACUGCAGCACAGACUUAUCAAUCCAAACAUAAUGGUAACAAAGAAGCUAGGCAUUCCAGGAUUAAAGAGAGCCAUGGAAAUGUUAGGUUACUAUGGAGGCCCAAACAGGUCACCACUUCAGCCAAUCACAAAACAGAAUGAAGAAACACUGAGGACUGUACUGAAAGAUGAAGGGUUCUUGUAGAGGUUACAACACCUAAAAUCUGGAGUCACGUUUAUCAAUAAUCAGAAAACAUAUUUUGCCAGUAAUCAAAAUGUGUUCAAGAACUUCAAAGAUUAAUGAUUAAUUUAGAGUGGUGGCACUUGUUUACAUGUAUGCAUUGUUAUGUCAUGAAUGCCCCUGAGUGGAAUACAGCCAUCGGUGUUGGCAAGGAUCGAAAAUGGAGACAAUAGAAUCUUUAUUAGUGAAAUUAACAUCCAGGAGAUAGUUUCUUUUCAUGAUAAAACGUAUGUAAGAUAUAUUUAAAAGAUUUUAAAGUCAAUGAAAAGUGAAUUGGAUAUUUGUCUUUCAUGAUAAAGAGUGCUUCAGAAUGCAGUGCUCAACAUUGCUCAAUAACUGAACUGAAAGAUUUUUUAUGUUUCCUUGAAAAAUAGUGCAUAUUUCAUAAAAAAACACAUUAAUUCUUUAAAAAGUAAUGCAUAUUUCAUAAAAAACACGUUAAACAUUCCGGUAUUACAAAACAUGUACACCCAAAUUAUUAUGAACUAAUUAAUAACCAGUAUAAUUUAUGUUACUAUGUUAAUACAACUUCUAAAAAAAAGAAUAAAACAUCUAAACGGAA